UCGAAUUUAAUAAAUUCCAUGGCGGCCGUCUCCAUGGAUACCCAGCAGUAUCUCCGCCGUACUCGCUCCUGGCGCCGCCGCGAGCGGGCACAGGGUGUGCCAGCAUGUGCGCCAGCCCUGCCCACGCUCCUCCCGCGCUCUCGCGCGCUGUAUGGCUUGCGCAGGCACGUUCGAGCGCCUCGGUGCGCAGCGUCAAACUGAGGGCCGGCGACAGCCCGAGGCUCACCGCCCCUACAUGUGGCCACCGGGCGAGAACGAUGGUGCAGCUGGCCGCGACGCGCAUAGCGCUGCACACGCACAAGUUGUGGCGGCGGCGGCGCACCCGGUCCUCCUCGCCAGACAUGAAACGCGGCGCUCCAUGCGGCGGCACCGCAUUCGUGGCUCUCUGGUCUGUGCGCGAGGCGCCGACGGCGCCGUCGAGGCCACGGUGGACGUUGCCUACACGUGCUCGCUGCGUGAGACUGCUCACUGCGCGCGACCACCCAGUGCUCCAUCCGGCAUCCGACGUUCGCGAGAGUCGCCGCCGACGCACAGUUUACUGUGAGCGCCGCGGCUGACGGUGAUCUGACUUGAACUUUUGUGUGUCCCCAUACAUCGCUGCACGCUGCUGUGACGCGACGACGCUGUCUCGAGAGAGAAAGAGUGAGAUGUGACGGCACGGGUUGUGAGGGUUGCAGCAGUUGGCUUGGUAGUUGGUGUAUACACGUACACGUCGCGUGCGGUAAACGCGUGCGGUAUACACGC